AUGAGUUCCGGAUAUCCCGCGCCGCACAUGCACCAUCCCCAGUUCCAGCCCGAGAUGGGGGCGCCACCGCCGCAUCAUCCUGGCUAUAGCCACAACCAACUCCCCCCUCCCAUCUCCUCGAAUACCUACUACCAGGAUCCCAUGACGAACCCUCACCGUUCCCUGGCUAUGCCUCCCCCGCGAGUUAACAUGGCCCCGCCCAACAUGUCCGGCUCCAGAGAGCGUGCCGGCGAGCUUGGCGGACCUGAGAACGGUAUGGGAGGACAGCCGCCCAACUCCCUUGCUUCGCAGCCUGCUUCAGAGGAAAAGACCAAGUCCAUGCCCCUGCCGAUCGAGGGCAACGACGGUCAUCGAAAGUACAGACUGGAGGUUGUUCAACAACCGCUCAGAGCAAGAAUGUGCGGUUUUGGUGACAAGGAUCGGCGGCCGAUAACCCCACCGCCAUGUAUUCGACUAGUGGUGAUGGACAGGGAUACUGGCAAGGAGGUAGAUUGCAACGAGGUUGAGCACCAGCACUAUGUGCUACACGUGGACCUCUGGUCGGAGGACGGAUAUGAGGGGAAGAAUCUUGUUAAGCAUUCGCAACAGUCGCCGUCCAUCUCAUCAACCCAGGCCUCGUCUUUCCGGGAGGUUGUUGAGGGCGGGCAAGCUGGUGCUUACGCAUACCAGGCCAUCGUGCCAUCGAACCGCGACUUCGCACAGCCUCCGAAUGGGGGUUAUCCCCACCAGAUGCCCUACCAGCAAGACCCCUAUAGUCAAGGUAAGGAGGAGCUGUCUGCCUUGCACACUCGACGCCAUGAUUGCUCACAGUCCGACUUAGGCCAAUACGGUUACCCACAGCAAAUUCAGCCAUACGGCUAUCCUCAGGGAGGUUACAGGGACUUGCAAGGUGUCGUGCCGUCGCAGCAAAUGUAUACUAGUCCUCGCUUCCCUCAUGACAUGCCGCUGCACACCAUGAGCCAGAACCGCAUGGUGGGAACGCAGACGCCGAACGGCAUGUACACGAGGAACCUCAUUGGGAGCCUCGCCGCAAGUGGGUCUCGACUCACUGACCCUCACGAUAAGAUCGGCAUUUGGUUCAUUCUUCAAGAUCUGAGUGUGCGAACAGAAGGUUGGUUCAGAUUACGAUUUUCAUUCAUCAAUGUUCGACGUCCUGGUCCAAUUGGUGCUGUUGGCAGUGACGCGGAACUUUUGAACAGGGGCAGAGCUCCCAUCCUUGCACAAGUAUUUAGCGAGAAGUUCCAGGUAUAUAGCGCCAAGAAGUUUCCUGGGGUUUGCGAGAGUACCGCGCUGAGCAAAUGUUUUGCUCAGCAGGGCGUCAAGAUUCCCAUACGGAAGGAUGGCCAGGACGGCAAAGCUGGCAAGGGUCGCGAGGAUUCUGUAGAAGACGAGUAG